UGCCUGGUAAUAACUUCCCUAAAGUUUCAAGGGAGUGGGAGGAGUCUGGGGGCGUUGUGAGCUCUCGGAGCCGCUGCUGUAUCCACAGCAACGGCCGCCGAUUGAUUCCAAAUGGGGCUGUCAGCGCUCGCCUUGUUGGAAGGAGGAGAUAAUUGCAGGGUUGGCGCGUCUCCUUUGGUUGUGCUAACAAGAACUUGAUCUCGAACUACAGAGCGAUUUGCACAAAAGGCGAAGAUCGACUGCUAGGAGAAGCAGACUGGGAAAAAAAUCCCUUUGUAGGUUAAAGUCUGACUGCGAAGGAAAGAAAAAAGACGUCUGUGGCAAUUCACUUGUAUCUUUUUGGCAUCUUUCAAGAAAACAUUUUCUGGCCCUUCUCCAUCUAUGACUAAAGGUUCUAUCAUAUCCUCACCUCUUUUCCAGUUUCAGAAGAUGGGCUCAUUCCGGAGACCUCGGCCUCGCUUCAUGAGCUCCCCUGUUCUGACGGACUUGCCACGUUUUCUGGCAGCUCGGCAAUCUCUGAAUCUCAGUUCCAAUUCUGCAUGGAACAGUGUUCAAACAGCAGUGAUCAAUGUGUUCAAAGGGGGAGGCUUGCAGAACAAUGAACUCUACACCCUCAAUGAACAUGUCAGACGGCUGUUGAAGAGUGAACUUGGAUCCUUCAUCACAGACUACUUCCAGAACCAGCUUCUUGCAAAAGGCUUGCUGUUCAUUGAGGAGAAACUCAGUCUUUGUGAAGGAGAGAAUCGCAUCCAUAUAUUAUCUGAUAUUUGGGAUCACUUCUUCGCAGAGACUCUUCCCACACUCCAGGCUAUAUUUUAUCCUGUUCAGGGCCAAGAAUUAACUAUUCGCCAAAUUGCCCUGCUUGGCUUCAGAGACUUGGUCUUAUUAAGAGUGAAGCUGGAUGAGAUUCUUCCUCUGGUGCAAACCAAGGUCCCUCCUUCCAUUGUCCAGAUGCUGCUAAUCUUACAGGGAGUCCAUGAGCCUACAGGUCCCAGUAAGGCCUUCAUGCAGUUGGAGGAGCUUGUUAAGCAGGUGGUCUCCCCUUACCUUGGUCUGUGUGAAGAACACUGCUUUCUUGGAAGCACCUGUGCCCUGGAGAGAAGAUACUAUAGACCUUACCCAAAUGGACUGAGUUUCUCUUCCCAUGCUGUGGCAGCCCGCCAGGUCAGUGAGACUGCCUUGACACCCCUGACAGAGCAAGAGGGUGAAGCAUAUCUUGAGAAAUGUGGAAGCAUCCGCCGGCACACUGUUGCUAAUGCUCAUUCGGAUAUCCAGCUCUUGACCAUGGCUUCUAUAAUGCACUCGGGUAUGGUGGUAGAAGAACCAGACAAUGGUGACAAAUGCCUUAUUCUGCAGCCCAGCUUAAACCACAGGCAAUGUUCAAGUGAGCCCAGCAUAGCAGAUGGGCCAGAAGGACUGGGGACAGUAACUAUGCAGGAGCCUUCAGAACUCAGCUGUACAUCUGUUUGCUAAAAUGCUGUACAAGUUAAACCUCUUGGGAGAGGAAAAAUAAGUGCACUCAACACAACAGUGGUUUGUUGUGUGCCGCUGUGAACAGUGGAGAACUGAAUCUACAUGUCAUGUCAAGGGACUGGCCUAAAAUUCUGACCUCUCUUUGGAAAUGUUUUUCAGGUUGUCAUGUGGCUUAUUUUUCAAUGGGGUACAAAGCUGCUAAAUUCAAGUAUACCAGCAUUUUUUAUCUGUCUCCUCUUUGGGGCGGGGGGGGGGGGUUUCCAGAGGUUUUCUUCAUCAGGAUUCCACCACCCUGGGCUGCUCUUUCCUUCUUUGACAAGUGCAUUUCAGGCUCUGUGGUAAUGUGUAAGUCUAGUUUGGUGGUGUAGUGCACAAAGGGAAGGUGAGAAGUGCUACGGGGGAAUGCAGCCUCCUUGUACUGAAUACAGGAAUACAACCAUGAAGCUUACGAAACCCCAAAGGGGAUUGCCCUUUUGUACUGUAGGACAAGUGAUGAAUGGUGCAUAAUGAACUGUAGAGAUGAGAGCACUCCAAUUAUUUAACAUAGAUUGAUAUAGGCUAAUCUCAUCUGUUACUACUUUUCCUCAUUGUAUAGCAGUCAUCACAGAAGAAGCUGCAACUACCAUUUGGUUCUUCUGUUGCUAGGUUUUAGGUGGUUUUAAUGUGUUUGUACUCAGCAUUGGUUUUCUCAGGAAUAAUUUCCAAAGAACAGUCCUAGUGUUUUGAUUUCAGGGUCCACCUGAUUUUAACCACUAUACCAUGCUGGCUCUCACCACUCUGUGGAAGAGGUGCCACUGGUGUGAGAAGCAGGCAUAGUGACAUCUGCCUGCUUUUAUGUCCUCUCUGCAGCCAUCUGCAAUGGCUUACCUAAUUGUCUACAAGUAGUGCUGUAGUGGUUAAGAGCAGGUGGAUUCUAAUCUGGAGAACAGGGUUUGAUUCCUCACUCCUCCACCUAAGUGGCAGAGGUUUAUCUGAUUAAUCAGAUGUGU